GGCAGCUGUAAUGGAGGCUGCCCGGAGCGGUGUUGUUGUUUCUCACGGUGGGAAUGUUUCACCUCCUGCAGCAGCGAUGGGCUCCGUCCAGGCUCUGAGAGAGUUUAUCGGCCAGAGACUGGCUGCUGCUUCGGGAGAAAUAUUCACCGCGUUUGAACGAACUGUCGUCCAGUACAAGGAGGAGAUCGAGCGGCAGCGCAGACUGCUGGAAAUAAACUGGAGACCUCAAGACAACUUCCAGAGAACAGUAAUCUGGAUCUUCAAACAGCCAAUGUGCGAGAAAGUCUGUCUACAUGCUGCAACUCAGAGCUUUUCUCCAUGGACAGUGGAGAAGAUGGAGGAGGAGGAGAGAGUCCACAGCAACACAUCGGUGAGCAGAAGACGAGCUCCAGUCUGGAGCAGGAGGAACACGAAGCUCCACACAUUAAAGAGGAGGAGGAUCUGGUUGCGGUGACCGUUACUGAUGGCGAAGGAGACAAUUCCCACCACUCUGUGAGAGACCUGACCACCCAGAGACUGACCGCUGCUGCUGAGGAAAUAUUCACCCUGUUUCAACAAGCUAUCAUCCAGUAUGAGGAGGAGAUUGAUCGCCAGCGCAGACUGCUGGAAAUCAACUGGAAUCCUCAAAUCAAGUCACCCGGAACAGAAACCCCCCAGCAGCAUGGCUGGAAGGAGGAGCAGCUCUUUGGCCAGGAGAGAAGCUCUCAGCUGGAAGAAGCAGAGCCUCUGCAGCUCAAAGAGGAGCAGGAGGAAUCAGAACGUCUGGAGCAGGAGCCCUGCAGCAGUCAGGAAGGAGAUCCGCUCACUCUGAAAAUGGAAACCCAACCCUCUACUGCGACUUCUACCGAAGAGGACAGCGACCUCUGUGACCCUGAAGCAGACGGCGAGCAGCUCCACUACGAUAUGGAAGGAACGAAGAGGCAGAGAAGACACACCCACGCAGAGGCAUUGGAACUGAUCCUCGCCGACAUGGACCCUCAUCUCUCGGAAGGAGAAGAAGUGAACCUUCGGCUGAGUUCCGACUCCGAGCUAUCUUCAGAAUUCCCUCAGCAACGUUUCUGGAAGGAGGAGCAGCCCUUUAACCACAAGACGACUUCCAGUCUGCAGCAGGGAGAACCCACAUCUUCACAUGCUCAGCUGGAACUGGAGACACAAAAGAUUUUCCCGAUUAAGGACGAAGUGGAGGAACCAGAGGUGGACGAACGUUCUCCAAGUCGAGAGGACGAACCUUGUCCGUUGAAGAUUGAGGCCGAAACACUGAUGGUGACUUUGACCGAGAGGCAGAGUUUCCUCAGUGAACCAGAGGCAGAACCAGACAGCGAGCAGCUCUUCUCCCACAGCUCUGAAGUAACCGACAUUCAUGACCUGAAAAUGGACUCAGGAUCGGUUCCAGAUGAAGAGCUGGAGCCCAGCAUGUGUCACAGCGGCGAUGUGGACAACUCCCAGGAUUUAGACUGUCUCUCUGAGAGGGAAACGGUAAAAAAGCCCUUCAAAUGUGAAAUAUGUGGGAAAUCGUUCAGGUAUAUGUCUCAGCUACAGAAGCAUCACAUCACACACACCGACGAGAAGCCGCAUUCCUGUGAAGCAUGCGGUAAAAGAUUCAGGCGUAAAGAUUCUUUUUUAAUCCACAUGAGAAAUCACACGGGUGAGACGCCUUUUCUCUGCAACACCUGCGGCAAAAGCUUCACCAACUCGUCGUCGCUGAAAAAACACACAAUGAUCCACACAGGCGAGAAGCCUUACGGCUGCCUGACAUGCGGUAAGAGUUUCAUUCAGCAAAGUAAUUUGUUGGUCCACAUGAGGACUCACACAGGUGAGAAGCCUCACUCGUGUGAGACGUGUGGAAAAAGUUUCAGUCGGCAGAGUUACUUGUUGAUACACGUAAGAACUCACACAGGCGAGAAGCCUCAUUGUUGCGUGACCUGUGGUGAAAGUUUUAGUCGACAGAGCCAGUAUUUGGUCCACAUGAGAACCCACACAGGUGAGAAGCCUCAUUCUUGUGAAACGUGUGGGAAGAAUUUCAGCCGGCAGGAUACUCUGCUGGUCCACAUGAGAAGUCACACAGGCGAGAGACCGUAUGCUUGUGAGACAUGCGGGAAAGGUUUCAGUCGCCAGAAUAAUCUGUUGGUCCACAUGAGAAGUCACACGGGUGAGAAGCCGUAUUCCUGUGAAACUUGCGGCAAAAAAUUCAGCCAACACAGCAUCUUGGUGCGCCACAUGAGAACUCACACCGGGGUGAAGAUGUAUUGUUGUGAGACCUGCGGUAAAAGGUUCAGUGCACGUGGUAAUUUGUCGGUCCACAUGAGAACUCACACGGGUGAGAAGCCAUAUUCAUGCAAGAUGUGUGGCAAAUGUUUCAGCAUACAGAGUAAUUUGUUGGUCCACAUGAGAACCCAUUCUGACAAUAAGCCGUACGUUUGCCAGAGGUGUGAUAAGAGAUUCAGACAACACAGUAAUUUAUUACGUCACGUGAAAACCCACGCAGGCGGAGAGCCGCUUCCCUGCGAAAUGUGUCACAAAAGUUUCAGCAAGCAUGAAAUUAUGCGCCACAUGAGAACUCACGAAGAUGUGAAACAAUGCACUUGUGAAGCUUGUGGCAAAGUUUUCCGUCGCCAGGAUAAUUUGUUGGUCCACAUGAGAACUCACACAGGCGAGAAGCCGUAUUCUUGUCAGACAUGUGGGAAAAGUUUCAGCGUCCAGGGCAAUUUGUUGGUCCACAUGAGAACUCACACUGGGGAGAAACCUUAUUCUUGUAAAACAUGUGGGAAAAGUUUCAAUCAACACGGCAUUUUGUUGCGCCACACCAGAACUCACACAGGCGAGAAGCCGUAUUCUUGUCAAACAUGCGGAAAAAGUUUUAUUCAACACGGUUUGUUGUUGCGCCACAGGAGAAAUAACAGAUGUGGAAUAAUGGAAACUUCAAGGACUCAAAACUAUUCUGGAAGCGAGACGUCAAAAUGAGAUAAGGAUGGAAUUAGGAACAGGAGGAUAGAAUUAAAACUUGGAUAGAAAAGCAACUUUGGCCAAUGUUUCUUCAAUCUGUGUGUGUGUACUCUACUGAUCAGAAACUGUGGAUCACAUGAUAAUUUUAGAUAUACAUCCUACUUAUUUCUAAUAACCCUUUAACUGUUUGCUCGGCCAUGUGGUUGAGCACAUUUUGAGCCACUUUAAUUUCAAUGAGAGGAAUGCUAAAGUUUUUACUCUGUGAACCAAUCUCUACCACUUGGUUGAAGUAUGUUAUGCUAAAAGAAAUCCACUGGAGGGCAAACUGUCCUGAAAUAUGGUUCAUCUUUACCCCCUCUAUGACCUUGAAGUGAAAAUCAACCACUAUAUUUUGAAUGUUAUUACAAAAACUUUGAGA